AUGUCGUUGUUCUUUUGCAUUUAUGUCACGUGUCUGUUGUUCUCUUCGGCCCGGAGGAAUGACGUGCCCGUUAUCGGAAUACUGGCCCAAGAACUGCAUGUCCAAAGAUCCAAUCGAAGCGCUUACAUCGCCGCCUCCUACGUCAAGUUCCUGGAGGCGGCUGGAGCGAGGGUGGUGCCCGUCAGGCUCAGUCGGCCACUGGAGGAGUAUAAGAGGCUGUUCAACUCCAUUAACGGGUUCAUCAUCCCCGGAGGACGGGCCAGCGUCGUCUCGUCCAGGUUUCAAAGAGCCGCACAGAUCUUUUAUGAGCUCGCCAUCGAGGCAAAGAAGAGGGGCGACUACUUCCCCCUGUGGGGCACCUGUCUGGGCUUUGAGCUGCUGUUCUAUAUGACGAGUGAAAAGACCGAGCUGUCGUUGACCAACACGAGCGGCGUGAUGUUGCCCAUGUCCUUCACCAAUGAAACCAAAGGCAGCCGAAUGUUUCGAGGCUUCCCGACGCAACUCAUGGAAGACAUGGCUUCUGAGUCGCUCACCGGACACUCUCACAAGUGGGGUUUGAAACUGUCGAAUCAUAAAAAAAACAAGGUGCUGAAGAACUUUUUCAAAGUCAUCUCCACAAAUACGGAUGGACGAAUAGAGUUUGUGUCCACGGUGGAAGCGUACGACUACCCGAUUUAUGGGACUCAGUGGCAUCCGGAGAAAAACGCAUUCGAAUGGCGGAAGCCUUACAUUCCACACUCUCCAUCGGCGAUCAAGACCUCCUUCUACAUGGCCGACUUCUUCGUCAACGAAGCCAGGAAGAGCUUUCACAGAUUUAGAUCUGAGGAGGAGGAGCGGCGAGAGCUGAUGUACAACUACAACCCGGUUCACGGCAGCUCCACGAGUCCCUUUGAGCAGAUUUAUAUAUUCGGAUGA